UAUGCUGUCAUCUCUGGGCUCACUCUUCGGCGCUGAAUUCGAAUUCGGUUGCUGACUUUUUGUUGUCAAUCGAAGCGUUUUGCCUGGUGAAUUGUGAACUUGUGAUGUGUAACAAGAUAGUAUUUUCAGAAAAUCUCUAGCAACAGGUGUGGUAGCUUGGGUUUUAAUCACUGGACUCAAUCUAUCACACCCAAAAAAAAUUUAAUUGUCAAAAUAUGUUGCAUUAGUGCAACCAAAUUGAUCGAAAUUUAGAAUUACGUCAACGUACAAAAUGAUGGAAGUUGGAGCUGACGAGGAGGCUCAGACUGUCCUUCUGGAGGGGAUGGAAGGGACUCAGUACAUCACGAUUCAAAGGAGUGAUGGUCAGACACUGGGUAAGGGUGUUCCUCUACUCACACUCAGUGGAGAGCUGAUCUCUGAUGGAAUGGUCGUCGACAUGAUCAAUGCUGGCGUAGCUAAUGAGUUUAACACUGGAGCACAGUAUUACGAAACUGAUGAUCUUCUUCCUCAUGAGUUGACUGAGGAAGACAAAAAACUAGCUGCAGCUCUAGUAGCUGUCCAGCUUCAGGCGCAGCACAAGCAGCAGCAAAUUCACACUCAGACCCAACACACCGAUGCUCUACUCCCCGAUGUCUCUCAGCUGGCGACUCUCGCACCAGUGAACUCUUAUGCCAUUCAAACAAUUUCCCAAGAGCCACAGCCAGUCUACACCAGCGUUCCCACAUAUAAACGAAUAAAUCACGGUGUGAAACAAGAAUUCGUCAAUGUCAAGAGCGAGUACGACAUUGACGUGUCUGCUGAUAGCAGUGAGGAUGCUGCCCCGGCUUCCGGACAGAAACGUUCCCUACCGCACAAAAAGAGAAUUGCCAGAAAGCUCAAACAACAAACGAAGAAAAAUGCCAAGAAGGACGUUGGCAAGAAUCAGGAGAACAUUAUUGUGGAGGUCAUUGAGGAACCCCAGCCUUACAAGUGUGAGCUGUGUGAGAACAAAUUUGGUGGACAGCUCAAGUUUUUUGAACAUCUUAAGUCCCAUUACGAGCCUGUGAAACAAGAGACUAGAGUAGCCCAAGCAACAAAUACAAACAUAACAAUAGCCUGUUCCGAAUCGAUUCAAAUUGAACACGCUGCCAUCGAGGAAUUCAGUGAACCUGAAGAUCUCAUGGAGGGCAUUAGAGGAGUGGUAGAAGAGACUGGGGCCCACAUUGAUGAAGAGACCGAGUCUUCCACUCUCGUGAACAACAGUUCCAAUCUCUGGGGGAUUUCCGACGUGACUGAAUCGAUUCAGGAGCCAGUUAACAGUGAAGUCAGCGAGCAAGACGUUCAAAAAAAAGUUGAGGAAGAAUUACCGGAGACAGCUAAAAAGAAAAAGGCCCCGAAGGGAAGGAAAUCCCAGAGUCAGGGGAUGGCUUGUCCGCAGUGUGAUAGAACUUUUCACCAUAAGAAUAGUUUAAUCUAUCAUAUGAGAUCUCAUACUGGCGAGAGACCACAUCAGUGUGAAGUUUGUGGAAAGAGCUUCUUCGCUGCUAGUGCAUUAAAGGUCCACAAACGUCUUCACAGCGGAGACAAGCCGUACAAAUGUGAGGAUUGUGGUCGUCACUUCCGCCAAUGGGGUGACCUGAAAUAUCACUCGAUGAGCAUUCACUCAGAGCAACGUCAGUUCCAGUGUGAAUACUGUGGAAAAGACUUUGCCCGAAAAUAUUCACUCAUUGUUCAUCGACGAAUUCACACUGGUGAAAAAAAUUAUCGUUGCGAAUAUUGCAACAAAACGUUCCGUGCAAGUAGUUAUCUGCAAAAUCACCGGAGAAUACAUACAGGGGAGAAACCCCAUCCGUGCACAGUCUGUGGGAAACCAUUCCGGGUGAGAAGUGACAUGAAGAGACACAUGCACACACACGACAGAGGACGAGCGGAGAGACUGGCAGCAAGACUGGUCAGCAAAAACGAUGAUAAAGAAACUAAUGCAGCCUGUGUUGUUAAGACACUGGAUGAUAAUGAUAAAGCUCUGCACUCCUCGACUAUCCAGGAUCUCGUCCAAGAGCUGAAGCUUGAAGUUGAGCAGAAUAACGUGGUUGAGAUUGUGCCACCUGAGGACAAUCCUGAGAGUAUUCUGCCACAUGCUGGGGGUCAAGGUUCUCAAGUUGAACGUUUAUAUCCUGUUACCAGCGGCGCUGACGAAAAUUCUGAUAGAGAUCCUCUCGAAGCUGUCGAUAGAACAUCAGAUACUUUGCAAUAUUUCUUCAUGUAAUAUGAGCAAUAUCCUAGGAUCAGGAGAGCCGAAAAAAUGAAAGGGUACGAAGAUUUAAAAAAAAAUAACAUCGACUGAGCUAAAAAUUUCUGCAUAAAAUUUUGUAUCAUUCGUAAGAAGUAUUAUUAUAACCCGAAAUAAAUGUAAAUACCUUGAACAAGGAGAUUACAACAGACCAAUCACAGAAAAGGAAGUAAGUCGAUAAAACCCAACAAUCUAUUGCAAAAACCACGAAAUGACAUAGAUUUUCCCAUUUUUAUUUUCCUUUAAAAGAAAUAAGAAAAAUCCAUACGGUAAUUCAGUAAAUGAAGAUUUAUAUCGCAAAUUCGAUGUAUGUAAUCUUAAAAAUAUAUUUUUUACAUGAACGCAUUUAUACAAAACGAACAAUUGCCUCAAUCCUCCCAAUCAAACGACGAUAUCCUGUCCAAGGCUAAGACUAGCAGGUGGUGUAAUUGGAUUUUCAUCUUUUCCAAGAAUAAUUUGUUGAAGAGCCUCGAUGUUCCGAGUUUCAAGUGCAGAACUUAGUUUUUCAGCAGCGACUGCAGAAGUCAUUCUCCUGGCGCCUUUAGCUCUCUCCCAAUCGACGUAUAAAUCCGUAAUUACUCCAUGCAGCCUCACCAGGAUCUCCGGAUGUUUAGCCAUCUGUUGUCUAAUUUGGUCUUCCUGCCUCAGAAGUUCCUGAUACUCACUACUCAAAUUUCCUUCAGCCUCACUCUUCAUCUCCCACUCCUGCAGGGCAUCCAGAAUCCUCAGUUUCUGUGUCAACUCAUCAGCAGCUUUGAGCCUGGGUAGAAUGAGCUCCAAGACUCUGGUGACACUGCCCUCAGCAAUAUCACAAAACACAUCCAGCUUGAUCUUCCUCUUGGUGGCCUCCCUCGUCAACAGAUCCCUCAAAAUGAUCACAGAGGAUACAUUCUCUCCAAGAAAACUGGCACUCCCCUUCUUGUACUUACAUUUCAACAGAGUCC